AUGGCUUUCUCAUUGAGCAAGAGAGCUGCGUCCUCACCGCUUCCAAAGCUGAUGACUCCCUCAUACCGGGCACCUCUCUAUCUCAGACGAUAUGCCAGUGCCGCUGCAGUUCCUACUUCCUCCAGUAUCCCCGUUCAUGACCAAGCUCAGAUUCGACAUGAAGCAUCUCUGCCCAACCCAGAUCCCUCUUCAGACUCUCCGACCGUCACCUUUCUCAACCAGUCUGCUCCCUAUAUGGUUCCCACCUAUGUUCGCCCCCCUCCCAUGAUGGUACAAGGAGAAGGAUGCGUUCUGUACGAUAAUGAAAAUAGAAAAUACCUCGAUUUCACCGCCGGAAUAGCCGUCAACUCGCUAGGUCAUGCUGACCCGGAGAUCUCAAGAAUCAUUGCUCACCAAGCACAACAAUUGAUUCACGCAUCGAACCUCUACCACAAUCCGUGGACCCCCACGCUGUCCAAACUUCUCAUCGAAGAGACCCAGAAGCAGUCACCCGGCUCUCCUCUCAGUCAAGUCUUCAUAUCCAAUUCAGGUUCCGAGGCGAAUGAAGCUGCACUCAAGUUUGCCAGGAAAGUAGUUUAUGCCCGAGAUCCGGAGUCAACCCAGAGAGAGAUUGUUUCGUUCCAUGACUCUUUCCACGGACGUACGUAUGGGUCAUUAUCGGCCACUCCAAACAAGAAAUAUCAACCUCCUUUCGGACCCAUGUUACCUGGAUUCAGGUAUGGCAAAUACAACGAUGUCGCCAGUGUGGAAGAAUUAGUCAAUGAGAACACGGCAGGUGUCAUUGUCGAGCCAAUCCAAGGUGAAGGUGGCAUCAAUGUAGCCACACCGGAAUUUCUGCAAGCACUUCGCAAGAGAUGCAAUGAAGUGGGUGCUGUAUUGAUCUUUGACGAGAUUCAGUGUGGUCUGUCCCGUACGGGAGAUCUCUGGGCCCAUACGGCUUCGGGAGUACAUCCCGAUAUACUGACAUCGGCGAAAGCUCUCGGCAACGGUGUGCCUAUCGGAGCCACUCUCGUGUCAGGCACAACCGUGGCACCCUAUAUCAAAACCGGCGAUCACGGCACUACUUUUGGCGGCAAUCCGUUCGCCUGCCGAGUUGCCCAUCAUGUCUUUGGACGCUUAGCCAGACCUCAAUUGCAAGAAGAUGUUCGGGUCAAGUCAACCCUUUUUUUCCGUGCGUUUGAGACCAUGAAGGAGAAGUUCCCGGGCGUGGUCUCCGCAGUGAGAGGUAGAGGACUCAUUGUUGGCUAUCAAUUAAGCGACGAGGCCAAAGCCAAAGUCACCGAAGUUGUCACCGCUGCCCGUGAGAGAGGUCUUCUCAUCAUCACUGCGGGCGACGGCGUUAUUAGAAUUGUACCUCCGCUGGUUAUCUCCCAUGCAGAGAUCAACCGGGGUCUUGUCAUCCUGGAGGAGGCGAUGAAUGUUGUUUUCCCGGCUGGUCGAUGA